AUGUCGAAGAACGCGGAAGGAAACAAUAAAGAAAACGGAUCGGAGUCGGACCUUUCUGUCACAAUCAAGUUGCCUAAUGGCGUUGAGUACGAACAACCCACCGGGUUGUUCAUCAACAACGAGUUUGUGCGCUCGAAGUUGGGCGGAAUGAUGGAGGUCAUUGCGCCAGCCACGGAGGAGGUGGUGACGCGGGUGUACGAGGGUACGUCGGAAGACGUGGAUAUCGCGGUGAGUGCGGCACAGAAGGCUUUCAAGAGCGGCAAGUGGUUCGGCGCGGAUCCGAUGGUCCGGGUGAAGGCCUUGAGCAAGCUAGCAGACUUAAUUGAGGAGGAUCUGGAGGUGAUUGCGUCGAUUGAGUCCCUGGACAAUGGGAAGGCCAUCUCGCACGCCAGGUUCGAUAUUGGUAUGGUGGUGAACUACUUGCGGUGCUGCGCAGGCCUUGCGGACAAGGUCGACGGCAGGAGCAUCGAUACGGGGUCCUCGCACCUCACGUACACCCGGCGUGAGCCAAUCGGGGUGUGCGGGCAGAUUAUCCCCUGGAACUUCCCGUUGCUCAUGUGGGCGUGGAAGGUCGGUCCUGCGUUGGCCACGGGUAACACAGUGGUGCUCAAGACCGCCGAGUUCACCCCACUAUCGGCACUGUACGUCAGCAACCAUGUGCGCAAGGCUGGGAUCCCCGCAGGUGUGGUUAACAUAAUCAGCGGAUACGGUAAGACGGUCGGGGAAGCAAUAAUCAGGCAUCCAGGAGUAAAGAAGAUAGCCUUCACAGGCUCCACGGCCACAGGGCGGCAUAUCUACGAAGUGGCGGCUAAGGAUUUGAAGAAGGUGAGUCUAGAGUUGGGUGGGAAGUCACCUAAUAUCAUUUUCGCCGAUGCAGACCUCAAGAAGGCAGCUCAGAACGUGCUGAACAGCAUCUUCUUCAACGGUGGGGAGGUCUGCUGCGCAGGAUCGCGGAUGUACAUAGAGGAACCAAUCUAUGAGGAGUUUUUGCAGGAGAUCAAGGCAGUUGCGGAGUCUGUUAAGGUGGGCGAUCCCUUCUUGGAAGACACAUUCCAGGGCGCACAAACCUCGCAGAUGCAGCUGGACAAGAUUCUCAGCUACAUUGAGAUUGGCAAACAAGAGGGCGCACGGGUGGUAACCGGUGGAGAGCGUCUUGGUGAAAAGGGCUACUACGUAAAGCCCACCAUAUUUGCCGAUGUCCGGGAGGACAUGCGCAUUGUCAAGGAGGAGAUAUUUGGGCCGGUUGUGACGGUAACGAAGUUCACGAACAUUGAUGACCUAUUGGAGAUGGCCAACGACACUCAGUAUGGGCUGGCGGCAGGCGUUUACAGCAGCAGCAUGAAGAAAGCAAUUGAUGUUGCGAAUAGACUAGACGCUGGUACUGUGUGGAUCAACACCUACAACGAUUUCCACUGCUCAGUACCAUUUGGCGGAUACAAGGGGUCUGGUUUUGGCAGGGAGAUGGGCGCAGAAGUCGUUGAGAACUACACUCAAGUCAAGGCGGUUCGGGCCCUCCUUCUCUAG